AUGUGUUGUGUUCUCCGCGGCAGAGCUCCGGGACGUGAGACACUUUUUGUGAGGGCGCGACCAACUCGACCCACGACGACUGACCGACUGCAUGCCCGUGGUCGCCGGCUCCUCGUCGCUGGAAUGAGCAGCAUCAAGGAGCGGCUGAACAAUGCGCGGGCCAAGCUGCUGCGGAGGAAGAGCGCCGCCUCGACAGCCACGCGCUCGAUAGCGUCAUCCGGCAGCGAGAGGCAGGUACCGACGCACACGCAGACGCAGACGCCCUCGCAGACGAACACGCCGCAGCGCUCGCCGACGACGCUGCGCAAGAGCAUCAGCCUGCCCCGGCUGCCCAACCUCUCGCCCGGCGACGGCGACGACGACGACGGCCACGGUCAUAGCAAUCCGCGCCUGGCCCAGUCGGAGGUGCUUGUGGCUAGGCCCGGGCACUCGGGCAGCUCGUCGCGCGACCGUCACUCUGCCACAACCAUCACCAGCACCCACACGCCCGCCCACGCAUCGUCGCACUCGUCGUCGCCAGACAUCCGCGCCGCCUGUCCGCGCCUGACGCUCGAGGAGCCCACCCCCAUCCACCCGCCCACCGCCGCUGUCGCUCUGCAACCGGCCGACACCCCGGAGCCGCUACCCUCGCCCACGGCAGAGACUAGCCACGGCGAACCAGCCCACGUCCCGCCGCGCAACCCAGCGAGGCCGACGCCCCCGCUCCGCCGCCAGUCGCUCGUCAACAACACGGAUGCCCCGCUGCUGAAGACGCUGCUCGCCCCUGUUGUUGUGCCUGCUGCCAUCGCGACGCCCCCGGCCUCGGCCACGCCCACGGCUACCGACUACUUUGGCGCCGCCCCCGCGACCUUCAGCGCCGCCAUGACGCACCGCAAGAUCUGGGUCAAGCGGCCCAACGCCUCGGCUACGCUCGUCCAGAUCCGCGAGGACGACCUGGUCGACGACGUGCGCGAUAUGAUCCUGAAGAAGUACGCAAACUCGCUCGGCCGCAGCUUCGACGCGCCUGACGUGACGCUGCGCAUUGUGCCGCGUGAUGCUGCAAAGGACCCGAGCCGCACGCUGGGGCCUGAGGAGGAUAUGUGCCGCACGCUGGAUGCCCACUUCCCCGGCGGCCAGACGGUUAAUGAGGCCCUCGUCAUUGAUGUGCCUCAGCGCCGCACCCCCAAGCCGUCCCCCCGCGUGCCGCUCUACUACGCCCACCACGACGACGCCACGCACCACCAGACCGAGUACUUCCCGCCCAUGCCCGCCGUCGCCAACCCGUCACCCGCCAUCCCCGGCCCAAACGGCGUCCCCGACCAGCGCCUCCCCCUUGACCACGCGCCCCGCUCCAUAGCCAUCAUGCAGACGGGGCAGCUAGCGCCCCUGCCAUCCCCAGGCGGCGGCGCGGUACGCAGGCUCCACCACACCCUCCGGCCCAAGUACCCACGACAGAACACGGCGUCCCCCACCACCCUCGCAGGCGGCAUCCCCUCCUCAGCCACCAGCUCCCGGCCCCCCAACCGUCCGCGCCACGACUCCUCCGCCUCCGAAACCAAACACUCCACCACCUCCAACGCGCCCAUCCCCACGCCCCCCGUCCCCACAGACGCCAUCGCGCGCCAAAUCUCCACUCCCCCCGCGCCCCGCAUCGCCUCGCCCCACCUCGUCGAGAAGAAGCGCAGGAAGAAGCAAAUGAUCGAUGCACCUAGCCUGCCUGCCGGCCUGCUCGACGGCUCCGUACCCCCCAUCAACGUCCUCAUCGUCGAAGACAACAUCAUCAACCUCCGCGUCUUGGGCGCAUUCAUGCAGCGCCUCAAAGUGCGCUGGCAGCGCGCCAUGAACGGGAAAGAAGCCGUGACGAAAUGGAAAGCAGGCGGUUUCCACCUCGUGCUCAUGGACAUCCAACUCCCCGUCAUGAACGGCCUGGAAGCCACGAAAGAGAUUCGCCGCCUCGAGCGCGUGAAUAGUAUCGGCGUGUUCAGCAGCGGGAGUAGCGAGGCGCCGCAUAAUCGCCUUGGUAUUGACGGGAAGCUGGAAAAUGAACUCGAUGAGGAUGAUAAGCUGGAGGAUCAGAGGCUGUUUAAGAGUCCGGUUAUUAUCGUUGCGCUUACGGCGAGCUCGCUGCAGAGUGAUCGGCAUGAGGCGUUGGCGGCGGGGUGUAAUGAUUUUUUGACGAAGCCGGUCAAUUUCGUCUGGCUCGAGCGCAAGGUCAAGGAGUGGGGCUGCAUGCAGGCGCUCAUUGACUUUGACGGGUGGCGCAGGUGGAAGGACUUUGCGGAUAAAUCGGAUAGUAAUACGAAUACGGCGAAUGGGAAGAUGUCGCUUAGUUAUUCUAACGUAGCUACCAGCAGCGGUGGAGGGGCGGGUGGGGGAAGUAGUAAGAAGGAGAAGGAAGACAAGGAGCAGGUCGCGGAGAAGAAAGCCAAACGCAAGAGUCUGGGCAAUGUCCCCGUUCAACCUAGUCUCGUUGAGGAGAGCGAGACGCCGCCGCCGGAGGGGGAUGCGCCGUAG